AAUCAGAUACUCGCUGAAGAGGGCACAUGCAGCCACAUCUGGCUGAAUCCAACGCGCCUCCUCCUCCAAAGAAGUUGGUACACCCGCUCCAGGCGUUUCGGUCACCAGUGAAUUGAGAUGGUCACCUUUUUCACAAAGAAUGAAUUUAUGGUAGAUGGCGGUCUACACCAAAACACCAAAUAAUAUGUAAGACUGAGACAAAUAUCCGGUAAAAUGAAGAAAACUGGAAGAUCUACGUCUUAGAAUAAUAUUUUUGAAAGGGAUUUUUUUACUUGGCUAAGCACCUGGAAAAUCAUGAAAUAUGACCGGCACUAACAGUACGGGAGUUGACGGGCUCGCGCCCUGGAACUUCAGUGCCUCCAUGCACAAUGCGUCUGGAAGCUCCUACCCACCCAACGGCAGCUGCGGCGGUCACAACAGCAGCGGCCCCUGCGUGGAGGAAGCUGUCGGGGGGGACAGCUCCUACAAGGCGGUGGAGAUGGUCUUCAUCGCCUUGGUGACGGGGUCGCUCAGCUUCGUCACAGUUGUAGGGAACAUCCUGGUGAUGCUCUCCAUCAAGGUCAACCGCCACCUCCAGACGGUCAACAACUACUUCCUGUUCAGCCUGGCAUGUGCAGACCUCAUCAUCGGGGCGUUCUCCAUGAACCUCUACACGGUUUACAUCAUCGUCGGGUACUGGCCCCUGGGGCCUGUAGUUUGCGAUCUGUGGCUGGCGCUGGACUAUGUGGUCAGCAACGCCUCGGUGAUGAACCUGCUCAUCAUCAGCUUUGACCGCUACUUCUGCGUCACCAAGCCGCUGACCUACCCGGCCCGGCGCACCACUAAGAUGGCCGGGCUGAUGAUCGCGGCAGCCUGGCUCCUGUCCUUCGUCCUCUGGGCCCCCGCCAUCCUCUUCUGGCAGUUCAUCGUGGGAGAGCGCACGGUCCCCGCGGGGGAGUGCUACAUCCAGUUCCUGUCCAACCCCGCCGUCACCUUCGGCACCGCCAUCGCCGCCUUCUACCUGCCCGUGGUCAUCAUGACCGUGCUCUACAUCCACAUCUCGCUGGCCAGCCGCAGCCGCGUGAAGAAGCAGAAGCCGGAGGCCAAGAAGGAGAAGUCGCCGAGGACCGGCGGCCUGCUCAAGGCCCACAUCCUCCGGCAGAACAACAACGACUCCUCCAAGCCGGGCGCGGAGUCCGUGAGGAACGGCACGCUGGAGGAGUCCGCCUCUGCCAAGGCUGACUCCGGUGCCCAGCCAGAGGAGAAGGACAGCUCCAAUGAGUCCAGCACGGCCAGCAUCCCCCCCAAAGACGCCAAAGGCAGAGCCGACAGCAUGGCCACCUCAGAGAGCGCUGCCCCAGCCCCUGCCCCGGCACCAGCCGCCGACCCCGCCCCCAACCCCUCCCUCCUCAAAAUAAACCCCGCCUCCAAGUGGUCCAAGAUAAAGAUCGUCACUAAGCAGGCUGGGGAGGAGUGCCUGACCGCCAUCGAGAUCGUCCCGCCCGACGGUGGCGAGAACAGCAGCAUCCCUGUGGCCCGGCCGCAGACUGUGGCCCGUAAGUUCGCCAGCAUCGCUAGGACACAGGUGAAGAGGAAGCGGCAGAUGGCGGCUAGGGAGAAGAAGGUCACCAAAACCAUCUUCGCCAUCCUGCUGGCCUUCAUCAUAACCUGGACCCCGUACAACGUCAUGGUGCUCAUCAACACCUUCUGCCAGUCCUGCGUGCCCGACACGGUCUGGGCCAUCGGCUAUUGGCUCUGCUACGUCAACAGCACGAUCAACCCCGCCUGCUAUGCACUCUGCAAUGCCACUUUCAAAAAGACAUUCAAGAACCUCCUCAUGUGUCAGUACAAAAACAUUGCCGCUAGAUAAGAACGCGUGCUUUAGCUGCUGUCAGCUGGGCAUGGGUGCAUGUCAUGCACUCAGACCAAGGCUCUGCAGAAGAAUGUCCAGAUGCACACCCCAUCCACAGAACCAGUGCAUGUGCCAUGCAAUGGAAUAGACUUCCAUACUGUAAGAUACAUCAUGAAAAGGCUGAUACCAAUAGCGGUGGUAGGUUUGCUGCUGGGGCUUCCUGCAGUAUUGUUCCAGCAGGUGUAUGCGGUGGACUGCUGAAGAAAUUAUGGAUUUAUAGAAAAGUCUGGAAAGAUAUGCGGUGACAAUCUUAAAACACAGCACAGUAGAAUAGUGCUACACAUCAAGGCACUGAAAAGGACAGAAGGAAAGAUUGUAUGGACUUUCUGACGUAAUGUGUAUUCAUAAUUUCUUAUUCUGCUGCACAAUUAACAACAAGCAUGAAUUAAAUGUUAUGAGAUGCAUCUUUUAGUUGGUUCUAUUCCCAUUAAACAUUGUGGACUCCAGCCCCUGGUGAUCACUCCAACUCCUGGGAGUACAGUACCAUCAGUUGGAAUAAGCUUGCAUUGUAUGAAGUGAGACCAGGAGCCAGAAGGGUUUUAAAGGGUUUUAAAUACUGUGUAGGAAACUACAAAUUGCCAAAGCUUGAAGGUAUUACGCACAUCAAUGAUUUAUUUCAGAAUUCGAAGGUUUCAUCUGGAAAAAUAUUAAUAUGACCAACUGGUGGUGGAGAUGGUGGGGGGGUCCAUAAAUGUUUUAGUUCUCAAGAGAGAUUAAAUGUUUUAAAAGCUGAAAAGGAUCACAUUUUUCAAAGCUAGCCCUGCAAUUUUAGCUUGUGUUUUAUGAAUGAGAAGCUAGGAGCGCUUCAUGGUCCAACCGAGAUUGUGGUUUCCUGAGAGCUGGACCAAAGUAUCCCUAGAGGAGGGGUGGAAGUAAACUGUCCCAGUUUAUCUGAGCUGUCGGUUUUCCUCACAGAUGACGGCGGCAUCUUUUCUAAUUGCCUGGAGGUGGAGAUCACUUUACACAAAUGCAGUGCUGCUGGGUGGAACUGCAAGAUGUUGUGCAUGUGCGCCAUUUCAUGCAGAAUCAGGACACAAAACAGUGUGGUUUUUAUAUUUCUUUUUAGUACAAAGAUUUGUAAAUACUAGGCCAGUAUAUCCAUGAACUGUGUUUCCACAAAACAAAAUAUCAGUUUCUCUGAUGCACUGUAUUUAAUAUCUGGAUGUUUGUACUUAAUCUUGUAUUUGUUUAUUGUAAAAUUCUUAAAGGUGAACUUACCAAAAAAUAAAUAAAUAAAUGAACAUAAGCAUUGUUGCUCCCAGAUUAAUUUCUAGUUUAAUCUUUAAGGUAUGGCUUUCUGGCAAGAAAACC